AAAAUAUACGCAUGUGCAAGAAAAAUACGGUGAAGAGCGCAAGUGCACCGGAUAAUCUAUCUUCCGUGAGUAUACAACCGAAACGCAUCCAAUACCACUAUCCUCUAUGUAUAUAUUUUUGUAUACGUGAUUUUGUAAAACAACACGCAACGGUGUACAUAGAUCAAUGUUAUUAUACAUUGAUGUUCCAAGUUAAACACGAAGCAAAACAAGCGAUGCUGAAGAAGACCACGAACCGCUCGAUUUCGUUUAUAAUCCGCCAAUACCGAGGAUCUCGGAAUCCCGAGUUUUCUCAUUCCUUUCAUUCGUCUUCUUCGAGGGAGAUCGCUUCGGAUAAUAAGCCGAUAAUUUUUCGAAAGAAUCGUUCGUUGAGAUUCCGAGACACAUUUUAAAAAAGAAAGAAGAAAAUGGUGUAAAACCGGUUGGUUGAUAGUCGUUUUCCUUUUUUCCCCGAUAUUCACACGCAACAUUGGGAAUGUCGGAAUGUCGUUUAGCCCGAAUUAUUUCACACGAUAACAAGUGGAGUUCAUAUGAUAGAAAUUCGAAAAUUUCGCGAUAGGAGAUGUCUUACAGUGAUGGCGGGCGUCCAAUCCGAAAGUUCGGCACCAAGUCGCCGAAGAAACUUUGCGUGACCAAGAAUGAAAGUAACGACAAAACUACAACCACUAUAAAUUGUAACAACCAUCAUCACAAUCAUUACCACCAUAAUCAUCGCUUUCUCGACACCCCUCAGCCGUCAGUACACAAACGCAAUCUCUACAUUGUUUCUUUUCCCUUGAUACUGCUUUUCAACGUUCUGAGAACACUUCUUUAUCAGUUAUUCGUGGUAUUUAAGUAUUUGUAUACGUCCACGUCUCAGUUGAUUCAACGAAGACAAGCAUCCAAGCAGACCUGCCAAUUGGAGAUUGUAGUUGGUCAGAAGUCCACUGAAAGCUUGAAUAAUAAUCUGAACAAUUCUGGACAAACAGAGAACGAGGGAAUGUCACAAGUGCCCAGAAGACCUAUAGGUCCUGGCCCUGGAGAUCCGUUGCUUGCUAAACAAAAACACCAUCAUCGUAGAGCUUUUGAAUUCAUAAGUAAGGCAUUGAAAAUCGAUGAAGACAAUGAAGGUCAGAAAGAAAUGGCGAUUGAACUCUAUAAAAAAGGUAUCGGUGAAUUGGAGAAAGGAAUAGCCGUAGAAUGCAAUGGUGGCAGAGGAGAAGUAUGGGAACAUGCUCAAAGACUGCACGAGAAAAUGCGCACCAAUUUAGCAAUGGCGAAGGACAGACUUGAUUUUCUUGCAUCUGGAAGAAAGUUAUCCGUUCCUGCAAAAAGAGUCGGUACAGCUAUAAGUAAGAGUCAAACAUUACCACGCAGUAUGGGUCGUUCGCCACCAGUUCAAUCUUGCCAUCGAGUUACGCCUAUUAAACCGACGUCUACACCGCCCUCCGUGAAAAGACAAUUAUCUGUACCUGGAAAUGGUUCGCCUAUAAGGAGACCAGGCACGCCUACUGCAACAAAUAGUAAUAGAGGAACGCCUACUAGAAAAGUACCUAUUUUAAAGGGUGUGGAUCCAAAGCUAGCACAAGUUAUUCUUGAUGAAAUUUUGGAAGGAGGGGCAGCGGUACAUUGGGAAGAUAUUGCUGGCCAAGAGACUGCAAAACAAGCGCUACAAGAAAUGGUGAUCUUACCAUCAUUAAGACCAGAAUUGUUCACUGGUCUGAGGACGCCUGCAAGAGGGCUAUUACUAUUUGGUCCACCAGGAAACGGAAAGACAUUACUUGCGCGUGCUGUGGCUACCCAGUGUCACGCCACAUUUUUCUCAAUAUCUGCUGCUAGUCUUACGUCGAAAUACGUUGGUGAAGGGGAGAAAUUAGUGAGAGCUCUUUUCGCUAUUGCGCGAGAACUACAGCCAUCUGUGAUCUUUAUCGACGAAGUAGAUUCGCUAUUAAGUGAACGGAAAGAUAACGAACAUGAAGCUUCGAGGCGGCUGAAGACAGAAUUUUUAGUCGAAUUUGAUGGAUUACCGUGUAAUCCAGAAGAAAGGGUACUCGUUAUGGCUGCUACGAAUAGACCUCAAGAAUUAGAUGAAGCUGCUUUAAGACGAUUCACGAAACGAGUGUACGUCACACUGCCGGAUUUGCGAACGAGAAUCGUAUUAUUGAAACGACUAUUAGCGAAGCAUAGCGAUCCACUCACAUUGGAGGAAUUAAAUGAAAUGGCAGUUUUGACCGAAGGUUACUCCGGUAGUGAUUUAACGGGUUUAGCAAAAGAUGCAGCGCUUGGUCCUAUCAGGGAGCUCAAUCCAGAUCAAGUGAAAGAACUGGAUCUUAAUUCUGUGCGCAACAUCAGAAUGCAAGAUUUUCGUGAUUCAUUGAAAAGAAUUCGUAGAUCAGUAUCGCCAGCGAGUUUGGCCGCUUACGAGAAAUGGAGUUUGGAAUACGGUGACGUAAGUCUGUGAUCAUUAAGAAAUAGCUGAAAAAGCACAAGGCUUUAGAAAAAUUUCGUUAGACUGUCGGCUAUAUAGUCCAACAAGAAACAAGAGAAUGUGAGGUCUGUAAUGACAGGAAAUAUACAAAAGUGACUUUCUGCGAUAUUAAUUAUUACAGAAUGUAAAUACACCAGCUUCGACAUUUUCUAAGUUACUUUGUAAAUGGUAACAUAUAUACGUAGGAAAUAAAAUGUCACGAUAAGCGAAAGGCACUCUUGUUAUAUAUUGUUUUUUUAAAACCGUAUUACAGCCACGACACUGUAAUAGUAACAGCUUUAUGCUACACACACACACACACACACAAUAUAUAUAUACACAUACAUAUUCCAUACGUAUAUAUGUAUAAUACAUUCCAUACUCCAUCCAGUUAUCAGGUAUAGUGGAUUUAAGUUUCACACGCGGCAGUGUAGAUUUUAGACUUCCAAUAUCUGUAGUUACACACCCU